CAGCAAAAUUGCUAAGUGACUAAUUUUAAUGCCUAUUUUAAUUACCAAUCAUGACUGGGGAGGGAGCUAAUCAAGCAGUAUCAGAGUAAUGAUGUGAAAAAAAGCGGAGAACAAACAUUCCAGACUCGGUGCUUUUUGAAGAACAGCUCCAAAUUAGAGAAGCGCCAACACAAUCGCAGCCUUAGCGCGGGGUUCGGGAGCACAAAGGGUUUAAUUUAAUCGCGGGCACCUCGCCGUGCCCCGAGGGCUGCCAGCAGGGCUGGGGCAUGAGGGGAGAGUACCUGGUGCUGCCAUUUACCAUAGAAACCCCAAAUCCCAUAGAAACACCAAAUCCCACAGAAACACCAAAUCCCAGAGAAACCCCAAAUCCCAUGGAAACACCAAAUCCCAGAGAAACACCAAAUCCCAGAGAAACCCCAAAUCCCAGAGAAACCCCAAAUCCCAGAGAAACACCAAAUCCCAGAGAAACACCAAAUCCCAGAGAAGAAACACCAAAUCCCAUAGAAAACCCAAAUCCCAUAAAAACCCCAAAUCCCAUAAACACCCCAAAUCCCAUAGAAACACCAAAUCCCACAGAAACCCCAAAUCCCAUAGAAACACCAAAUCCCACAGAAACCCCAAAUCCCACAGAAACACCAAAUCCCAGAGAAACCCCAAAUCCCAGAGAAACCCCAAAUCCCAGAGAAACACCAAAUCCCAUAGAAACACCAAAUCCCAGAGAAACACCAAAUGCCAUAGAAACCCCAAAUCCCAGAGAAACACCAAAUCCCAUAAACAUCCCAAAUCCCAUAGAAACACCAAAUGCCAUAGAAACCCCAAAUCCCACCAUAGAAACCCCAAAUCCCAUAGAAACCCCAAAUCCCAUCAAAACCCCAAAUCCCAUAGGAGCCCCAAAGCCGUGUCAGCCCUGCCAGUGCCGCUGAUGCCCCAGGAAGCGCCCCCAGCCCCUGUUUGGGAUGAGGAGCCCACGAGGGGCACCGGGGCUGUCCCUCUGCAGCAGGAUCGGUGCCAUGGGGUCCCUGACACCCCCAAGGGCUGCUUUCACCCCUGCAGAACCGGGGGGGCACUGGGGCGCUGGCCUGGCACUGUGGGGGC